CCCCCAUCCCCCCGGUUUCCAAGGAGACGCGGAGUCCUCCCUCGCGGCCGCGUCUUUCACCCGCCGCCGCGGCCAUCAUGUCGGCCCAGGCCCAGAUGCGGGCGCUGCUCGAUCAGCUGAUGGGCACGGCUCGGGACGGUUCAGUGUAUCUUUGCCUGCCUACAUCAAUCUGCAAAAGGGAGUUGCAGAAAAGCCUCAUGUUCAUCGAGCCGUGAGUCACAACCAAUUCUUAAAGCUGUUGUAACAAAACAAAAGUGUUUGCUUUUUUUUCUCUCACAAAUAACUUUAAAGCGUAGUUUAGAACGAAGAAGAGGGGAAAUUUUUUUAAAAAAAUACAUUUUCAGUAGACACAACAUUAAUCCUGGAUGCUUGCGAAUCCUGAGCUAUACACAGACUAGCUUUCUUUUAAGAAAAGAAAAUUGUCACAUACCUUUUACCACUUUGCUUUUACUUCUUAUGUAUCAUUCCCCCUGACUUCCUUACUGCAGGUGUGGGCAAGAAAACUUUUCCUUUAAAACUUUUCAACAGCGGGCAUAAAAUUCUGCAGCUGAGGUCUUGAAGAAUGCAGAUGGGUAUAGUAUGUGUUGGAGCUCGCAGUGUGUAUUAACCAACUUUUGUUUUGUUUUUUUUCCGGCUUGUUUUAAGUGGCUCCCGAAUGUGAAAUGUUUUCAGGGGGGUGGGAAGGGAUAAGUUCCCACUUUCCAGGCCAGCACUUAAACGUCCUUGCGGCUUUGGGAAGUCCGUUACAUGUUAAUCUUCUAUGUGCAACGUAGCAGUAAUUUAUCCUUCCCGUUACGGGAUUCAGAAAUAGCAGCCGAUCGAAAUUCUCAUUUGUGGGUAUCUUGAUUCACGCUCUACAGAUAGCAUGGGUUUUGGGAUUUCCAGACCCGUUUUCUCCAUCUAGAAAGUCCGUGCAGUCUCCGUCCAGACUGCCUUUUGUUGAUGCCGCCGUCUCCUUACGUAGCUAUUAUGGACAACGUUAUGAUCUGCACCCUGUUUAGCUGGUGGUGCGUGCGAUGUUUAACGCCUACCUAGUAUGAUUCUUGGCUGUGGAGGAAAAAAGAAAACGUACAGCUUUUUGUAGUUUUCCAAGCAGUUCUGGGGGGUUUGUAAAAUAUUGUAAUCUGCGUAACGAAGCAAACAUUUAAAAAGUACCUCGAUUUGCCUUGCUUGAUCAGCUUUGAAAAAACGCUUUUCAUAUUUAUAACCAAACGUGAAUUUCAGGAGACGAAACAAGGCAAAGGGUGAAGUUUACAGACGACCGAGUAUGCAAGAGCCACCUCCUGGACUGUUGCCCUCACGAUAUCCUGGCAGGAACGCGCAUGGACCUGGGAGAAUGUUCGAAAAUCCAUGAUUUGGCACUCAGAGCCGAUUAUGAGAUUGCAAGCAAAGAGAAAGACCUGUUCUUCGAGCUGGAUGCAAUGGAUCACUUGGAGUCUUUUAUUGCCGACUGCGACAGAAGGACUGAGCUGGCCAAAAAACGUCUCGCCGAAACACAGGAGGAGAUCAGUGCCGAAGUGGCAGCAAAGGCAGAAAAGGUGCAUGAGCUCAACGAAGACAUCGGCAAACUCCUGGCUAAAGCUGAGCAGCUGGGUGCUGAAGGGAAUGUGGACGAAUCCCAGAAGAUCCUGAUGGAAGUUGAGAAAGUUCGAGCGAAAAAGAAAGAAGCAGAGGAGGAAUACCGCAAUUCGAUGCCUGCCUCCAGUUUCCAGCAGCAGAAGCUGCGGGUGUGUGAGGUCUGUUCGGCAUACCUUGGCCUUCACGACAAUGACCGCCGUCUUGCCGAUCACUUUGGAGGCAAACUGCACUUGGGCUUCAUCCAGAUCCGUGAGAAAUUGGACCAGUUGCGGAAAACCGUGGCAGAAAAACAGGAGAAGAGAAAUCUGGACCGGAUGAGGCGGAGAGAAGAGCGCGAGCGGGACGAUCACGUGGCGCAGCGGUCUGGAUCAAAAAACAGAGAUCGCAGGAGGUCUCGAUCUCGGGAGCGGAGGCGAAGACGCUCCAGGUCCACUUCGCGGGAGAAGCGGAAGUCCCGCUCCAAGUCCCGAGAGCGGGAGAGGCACAGGCGCCACCGCAGCCGUUCUGGCAGCCACGGCCGAAGCCAUCGCCGGGGGUCCAGGGACAGGAGCACGAAGCACAAAUCCUCCCGAGAUCGCUCUUCGAGGGAGAAGUCACGGGAAAGAGAGAGGAAAGAAAAGAGCUCUUCCGAAAGGAGGCACGAGAGCACCAACGGCAAAUCUCGUUCCAAGAGGUCGGAGGAGCGGGAAGCCGGCGAGAUCUGAACUCCGGCCAGACCUGUUUGUCAUACUGUACAUAGUCUCUGAGAAGUGUCUGACGCAGCCCAAGCGUCCCAUUUAUAUUAACCGAAAACAGCACAUCUUUUGUAGUUCUGGAUUUUUAUUAUUUCUGCAGGCAGCAGAGCUGGUAUUGUCACCAUUCUUUGGGUCUUUACCAUUGACCAAGACUUAAAAAAAAAACCAAGAAUAAGCAAAUAACAGCCACUUGAUUUAAGCCAAUCAGGCCGCUGCAAGCUAGCGCAGUGGGGUGUGGAGCCGUAGCUUGCUCUACACCUCUGCUCUCCCCUGUCUCGUAAAAACGCCUUUCUGUUGCGGGCAAAGUUCAUGAAAUGCUAAAGGACCCCACUUGGCACUGACGCUUCUCUUCCUUUUCCUCGUCUGGCCGUCCAUACUAUGUUUCCUGCAUUUAAACUGCUCAAUGUAAACAAGCCAGAUUGGUUGACGUUUCAUACAGUUGCCUCAAUUCAGUUGCUUCUCCCUCCUCAAAAACAUGUUUCGGGAGGGAUAGCUUGUACUACAUGGUACAGUCCUUUGUCCUAUUUAUAGCACUCCCCGGCAGCAGCUGAGGAGUGUUCUUGAGGCCUUUUUAAAAGAAAGAAGUGGCUGCCAGCUACAUGAGAAAUUCCCCGGCAGACGCACUUGAUUCAGGGACUUGGGAGAGUAUGAGCAGUGGCUGAGGGCAUAUCCUGCUUUCAGAAAGGCCCAAUAAAGGAAAUCAGCAAAGAUUGGUCACAUGUACUGAGCAAAAUAGUAGGUUUCCAUCCUUCAGUGGGAUUUGGGUAUUUGAUUCUUUUUUCUUUGCUUUUGAUGCAUUUUGGUCUAAAGAUGUGAGUAAAAUACUCUUCUGUAGCCUGUCUGAUUCACAUUAAAAGCUUAUCUUUGUG